UUUCCUCAACUUGCAGCAAAACGCGCGCUCUCGCGCACGCAUAGGCUCUCAGAUAGAGACUGUUGGCGAGCCACGUCCGAGCUCGGGUCCUCUCCUCAGUCCCUCCACCCCUCACACACACACACAUACACAAACACUCUCAUUCGCGCACACACUCCGGCACUCCGUCUGCGGCUGCCUUUCUCUUUUUUCCCCCUCUCUCUCUCUCUCUCGCUCUCUCUCCUCCGCGCAGCGAUGGCAAGACGACGCUUGAUUUUGCCUCGCGCCUGAACGCGUGAACGCGUCUCCUUCGCUUUUUUGCACCUUACUGCCUUUUUCAACCCUCUCCGGUUCUCACUCUCGAGCCCGAUAGCGCGGACAUGGUGCGUUAGGGGGGCUCGUUUUCGUUUUCUACGCCCCUCUCUUCUUCUCCGCGCGCUCGGCUUUGGGCUUUGGGAUGGAGUUUAUGCGAGGAGCUCGUGCUGGAAGAGCAAUGCAGCAGCGCGCAGGGCUUUGCGCCGCACAUCGAGACUGAAGCACCACCAAAAAGACCACGACCACCAACAAGAACAGCAACAAAAGAAGAAGAAAGCACCAGAAACACACAGCUGGGACACUCGAUGAAAGAUGACCGGUGAGGAUCCUCAGCCCAUGACCGAUCGCUGACGCUCACCAGGCCUGGAUACGUGCUUGUUUUUUGUUUUUUUUUGUUUUUGCUCAUCCUCGUGAUUAUCCAAACCGUUGUCAUCGUCCAGCAUCUGGAGGCUGAGGAAGAAAAUGACCUCUUCAGUGUGCAAAUGCCUCCUAAAAGGCCUCCUGUUCGCUCUGGCCUUUUACCAGUGCUCCGAAGCGUUCAGUCGAGCGGCGCUGCCGUUUGGCCUGGUUCGCAGAGAGCUGUCGUGCGAGGGUUACCCCAUUGACCUUCGCUGCCCAGGGAGCGAUGUCAUUAUGAUCGAGACGGCAAACUACGGCCGCACGGACGACAAGAUCUGUGACGCUGACCCUUUCCAGAUGGAAAACAUCAACUGCUACCUCCCAGAUGCCUACAAAAUCAUAUCUCAAAGAUGUAACAACCGGACGCAAUGCGUCGUUAUCACCGGCUCCGAAGUCUUUCCAGAUCCUUGUCCUGGGACGUACAAGUACCUAGAGGUCCAAUAUGAGUGUGUUCCAUAUAUUUUCAUUUGCCCCGGGACACUGAAAGCAGUGGGGGAGCCCGCCUUCGUGUUCGAGGCAGAGCAGCAAGCGGGCGCCUGGUGCAAAGACCCCCUGCAGGCAGGCGACAAGAUCUAUUUCAUGCCCUGGACCCCGUACCGCACGGACACCCUGAUAGAGUACAGCUCUCUGGAUGAUUUCCGGAAUGGCCGGCAGACGACCACAUACAAGCUCCCUCACAGAGUGGACGGCACGGGCUUCGUGGCCUACGAUGGCGCCGUCUUCUUCAACAAGGAGCGUACCAGGAACAUUGUCAAGUUCGACCUGCGCACGCGCAUCAAGAGCGGAGAGGCCAUCGUGGCCAACGCUAACUACCACGAUACCUCACCCUACCGCUGGGGAGGCAAGACAGACAUUGACCUGGCGGUGGACGAGCGGGGGCUGUGGGUCAUCUAUGCCACCGAACAGAACAACGGCCGCAUCGUCUUGAGUCAGCUGAACCCCUACACACUGCGCUUCGAGGCCACCUGGGAGACGACCUAUGACAAGCGCUCGGCCUCCAACGCCUUCAUGGUGUGUGGCGUGCUGCAUGUGGUGCGGUCUACCUACGAGGAGAACGAGAGCGAGGCGGGCCGCAGCCACAUCGACUACAUCUACAACACCCGAUUGGGCCAAGGGGAGCGCGCCGAUAUCCCCUUCCCCAACCAGUACCAGUACAUUGCCGCCGUGGAUUACAACCCGCGGGACAACCAGCUCUAUGUGUGGAAUAACUUUUUCGUCCUGAGAUACGACCUGGAGUUUGGGCCACCUGACCCCGACGAAGUGUCGACGGUGCCAGACAAUGUGGUGUCCACCAUGUUCCCCAGACGGACCACAACUACUAUCAGCAGCACCACCAGCAGCACACAUCGGGGCAAUGCUGAUGUGACAGCCACAGCGGACCCCAGGCAGGGCAAGGGGGUGUUGGAUCCGGUCAUGGAGCAUCCCGGGACCAUGGACCCCACAAUUUCCAGCCUUCCCCCCUCCAGCAGACGCUUCUGUGAGAGCACAGAGAUCAGGGACAUCGUCUGGCCACAGACACACAGGGGGGUGACUGUGGAGCGACCAUGUCCAAAAGGAACCAAAGGUAUUGCCUCGUUCCUCUGCACAGCCACAAGUGGCACCUGGAACCCAAAAGGGCCAGAUCUCAGCAACUGCACUUCCCACUGGGUCACUCAGGUGGCACAAAAGAUCCGGAGUGGAGAGAACGCGGCAAAUCUGGCCAAUGAACUGGCCCGACACACACAGGGCCCCGUGUUCGCGGGAGAUGUCAGCUCUUCCGUCCGGCUCAUGGAGCAGCUGGUGGACAUUCUGGAUGCUCAGCUUCAGGAGCUCAGGCCCAGCGAGAAGGACUCGGCCGGACGCAGCUUUAACAAGCGUCAAAAGCGAGAGAAGACAUGCAGGGCCUAUAUGAAGGCCAUCGUGGACACGGUGGACAACCUCCUGAGGCCGGAAGCCCUGAAGUCCUGGCAAGACAUGAAUUCCACGGAGCAAACGCACGCCGCCACCAUGUUACUGGAUACCCUGGAGGAAGGGGCCUUUGUCCUCGCAGACAACCUGAUUGAGCCCGCCGUGGUCAAAGUGCCCGCCGAUAAUAUAAUGUUGGACGUGUACGUGCUGAGCACUGACGGCCACGUUCAAGACUUCAAGUUCCCACAGAGCAGCAAAGGAGGAGCCACUAUCCAGCUCUCCGCCAACACCGUCAAACUCAACAGCAAGAACGGUGUUGCGAAGCUGGUCUUUGUGCUGUAUAAGCACCUGGGCCGCUUCUUGACUACGGAGAACGCCACCCUGAGGCUGGUGGGUGAGGGUGGGGUCAGGAACCACACCCUGACGGUCAACUCCCAUAUCCUGUCCGCCUCCAUCAACAAAGAGUCCAGCCGCGUCUUUGUGUCCGAGCCGGUCAUCUUCACCCUGGAACAUCUUGAUACGGAGAACUACUUCAACCCAAACUGCUCCUUCUGGAACUACUCUGAGAGGAGCAUGAUGGGAUACUGGUCCACUCAGGGCUGCAAACUGCUGGGCACGAAUAAAACUCAUACCACCUGCUCCUGCAGUCACCUCACCAACUUUGCCAUCCUCAUGGCCCACCGAGGACACGUGGGUGAUGUAAGUGUCCAUGAGCUGCUGCUGAAUGUGAUCAAGCGGAUGGGCAUCGCCGUCUCCCUCGUCUGUCUGGCCAUUAGCAUCUUCACCUUCUGUUUCUUCCGUGGCCUGCAGUGUGACCGCAACACCAUCCACAAGAACCUGUGCAUUAAUCUCUUCAUCGCUGAGCUCUUCUUCCUCGUGGGCAUCGACAUGACUGGAGCUCCGAUUGUGUGUUCGGUCGUUGCUGGAGUGCUGCAUUUCUUUUUCCUGGCGGCGUUCGCUUGGUUGUGUCUGGAGAGUGUGCAGCUCUACCUCAUGCUGGUGGAAGUGUUUGAGAGCGAGUUCUCGCGCAGGAAGUAUUACUACGCCUCCGGAUACCUCUUCCCAGCCGUGGUGGUGGGCAUUUCGACAGCCAUCGACUACCGGAGCUACGGGACCGCCACAGCCUGUUGGCUGAGGGUUGAUAACCACUUCAUUUGGAGCUUCAUCGGCCCUGUUGCCUUCAUUAUAAUGCUCAAUCUGGUCUUCCUGGUUGUGACCAUGUACAAGAUGGUGAAACACUCCACCUCGGUGAAGCCCGACUCCAGCCGCUUGGAAAGCAUCAGGUCCUGGGUGCUGGGUGCAUUCGCCCUGCUGUGUCUUCUCGGUCUGACGUGGUCAUUUGGGUUGUUCUUCCUGAACGAGUCAUCUAUGAUGGCUUACCUCUUCGCCAUCUUCAACACCCUGCAAGGGCUGUUCAUCUUUAUCUUCCACUGCCUGCUGCAGAAGAAGGUGCGGAAAGAGUACAGCAAGUGUUUCCGUCAGUCUCAGUGCUGCGGGGGUCUACCAUCCGAGGGGUCUCACAGCACAGGCAAAACUUCCACAUCCCGCUCCACCGCCCGAUACUCAUCUGCUACUCAGAGCCGCAUCAGGAGGAUGUGGAACGACACGGUGAGGAAACAGUCCGAGUCGUCCUUCAUCUCCGGAGACAUCAACAGCACAUCCACGUUAAACCAAGGAAUGACUGGCAACUAUCUGUUAACUAACCCCCUCCUCCGAGCACACGACACUAAUAACCCCUAUAAUAACCUCCUGGCUGAAACCAUCGUGUGUAACACACCCUCCCCGCCCGUCUUCCACUCACCAGGCCAGCACUCUUUGAGCAACAGCCGGGACGUCAGCGCCAUGGACACGCUGCCGCUCAAUGGCAACUUCAACAACAGCUACUCUCUGCGGGAUGAGGAGUGCGAUGACCCUGUGCUGCGCUGCCCAGCCGAGUGCGCUCUGGGCCUGGACGAUGCUGCCUUUGAGAAGAUGAUCAUUUCUGAGCUGGUGCACAACAACCUGCGGCCACGGGGUGGGGGCGGGGCAGGGGGGCAGCCUCAUCCUCCCCGGGGGCGGGACAGGGGGGGUCUGGUGGCAGCCCCCCGCCACGCUGUCCGGGGCAGUGGCUGCAGCAGCGGGAGUGAGGACGAUGCCAUCGUGGCCGACGCCCCUGCCCUGCCCACGUCCGCUACCGCUGACCACUCGACCCCGCUGGAGCUUCUUUUGCACCCGCACCACCGGGACGUCCUGGAGGCCCCGCUGCUACCCCAGCGGACUCACUCGCUGCUGUACGGCAACAGGCAGGCUGCCCGCAGGCCUGCCGGUUGCCACAGCGAACGAGGGGAUCGAGGAGAGGAGGAGGAAAAAGAGGGGAAAAAAAAGGCAGGGCUAGAGGAGAGCGCGCAGUCGCCCAGUAAUAACAGAGACUCGCUGUACACCAGCAUGCCCAACCUCAGAGACUCAUCUGCGGAGGACGAGCGCUCGCCAGUUUACCCGCCGGAAGGAUUGGAGGAUGAGGAGGAUGAAUGUUUACCCUCCUCUUCCUCCAGCCACAGCGAGGCUAACGACGAGCUGUGCCACAAAAGCAUGCCGGACCUUGGCGACGGUGCCCAGCCGCUGUCCUAUUACCACAUUGGCCGGCGAGGCACUAGCGAGGGCUGCAUCGGCCCCGGGACGCCCGAGGCCUGCCAGACAGCCGAGUCCGAGCCAGCCCAUGAUGGACAGAUGCAGCUUAUCACCAGCCUCUGAGCAAUCCUUCUCUCCUUCCUUCCCUCUCUCAGCCCAGGAAGUCAGGGGCGCCAUGACUUUUGUUUCACGCACCGGAUUGAAAGCCCCACAUUCACCCUUGAAGGAAUACUCCCAUGAUUUUCCCAACAUGUCCUUCUGCUGCAUGUGUAGCAUAUGGUCAGUUACUAUGGACAAUAAUUUAGAACAUUUAGUGAAGGAAUAGGAAAACUGUUGACUUGAAACAAAGCUCCAGCACCUGUCCAUUGACUUCCAUUAUGAGUGUGCUUCAAGUCAAAGUGUUUUUUCUGCUCUUUUACAGAGUACAGGCAUGGAUCAAAUAAAGAAUUUUAAAAAUAAUAAUUUUAGAAAUUCUAAAUUUUAUUUAAAAAUACAUUUAAAUGAUGUGCAUUUUUGUAUCUGCAAGAAUCUAUUCAAUGUGUUGUUUCAUAGAACAUAAAUUCAUUUUUUUCCACCCAGAAAAUGUCAGGUGGUGCAACAACACGUUAAUUAAAACACAAAUAAACAUACUUUUAAUAAUAACACAUUUUCUUUGUUUUCCUGGGGUCGUACCAUGUGACUCGGUAAACUGAAUCAGCCUAACCACAACUCAAAAAUGGCACUGUUUUCAAUAUUUGUGGAAGGACUACUGACCUUGGCAUUGCACCAUGGAGGUCACUUAGGGUCUUCUUUAUGAGGCAAUACUCUGCCCGGUCUUUCUUAAAAGCAUGUCAGAAUAAAAGGCCUUUGUUGUCUGUUGUGCCACAUGACAUUUGAAGGAAUCUGAAUAUUUUCAAAGUUGCCCUAAUUUGCAACGUUUUGUGAUUUUUAGGUUUCAAACAUGACACCAUGGCAACCUUUUGUUUAGAGUUGUAUGACACUAAAUUACGUUUUUUAAAGUUUACUUAAUCUACAUAUAUUCUACAUAUAUUGCUGAUUGGCCACAGCACCUGACAUCUUCAGACUUUGGGUGGCAUGAAUGACAAAUUUUAUUUUCAUGCAUUAAAAAUGUAUUUACAUAAAGGAGGUAUUGUAGGAUAAUGUGACAUAUGACAUGUAUUUAUAAAUAAUCUCCUAAGAAAUUAUUGGAUUUGGACACAAAAAGCACUUCACUUCACCCCUAUAGUGGUCAACCACAUGCUACAGAUGCAACAGAAACCAGGUUGAAAAAUGAUGGAGUAUUCCUGUAAGGCCAGAGCACACCAACCCAUCAAUCUCCAACUAACACCAACUAAUGUUUGAUUGGCGUGCCAUACUUGAGUGUCGCUGUUGAGAGCUUUCUAAAAAGUUCUCCUCCAUUCACACUAUUCUAGAAUGUUCUGCCCCAUUCACAGUCGUUCAUUUAUCCAUUCUUAUUCUAGAGCAGUAUUAAGCCAAAUGCCAACACUUGAAUGCCGGUGUUUGCGAGGUUAUAUUGGGUCAGUGUGCCAUGGCCUUCAUUUUUGUCCAGUUUCUUUGUUUUAAAGAGGACUAUUCUUCACUCUGCCAUAGGAUGCUUUUAAUGCCCACUUAUGAGUGUGUAUGUAUGUGUGUGUAUGGUUGGGGUUGACUGGAAACCAUGUGCCCAGAAUUGCACGAGAUAGUGUGCAUCAUGACCACGCUUUCAUUUCUUCAUUUGAUGGUCCAUGACCCACAGACGCUCUUCUUCCUUUUUUCUCAAUUUGAUUGUUUUGUUUUGUUUUUUUUUAAGUGGACCGGCCAUCUGCGUGGUUUAAAUCACUCGUGGGAUGGUGGCCGCUGAGGUGGGAAAAGCACACAGGCUGCUUGACGAGCAAAAAAAAAAAGUGUUUGUGAGAAAGGCUGGCGUUGUCCACGCUCCGGCCACCGCUUUGUAUGAUAUACUGUACUGUUUGUACUGUUUCAACAAAACAAGACAAAAAGACAUAAACUGAACCAAUGCUAGUCUUUAGAACUCUGAGAACUGUCCUGGGACAACAGCAGAGGCAACGGACAGGCCCCUCGACCCCGUGAGUGCAGGGGGGGGGGUUGUCCGGCAUCAUGACACGGACUGAAACAAAUUUAAAAAAGAAAGAAUGAAAAAGAACCACUACUCCUGACUCAGGCCUUAUAUUUUCUCUAUUGCACAUGUAACAGUUGUAAGAAUGACAGCUAAAGAAAAUAUAUUUUGCUGUACCACAAGUGGAAAACAAGAAAAAAAUAGACAAAAAAAUGAUCAUUAGAAAAAUAAAAAAGAUUAUGGCAACCAUAAUUGAAAUUUCAAGACAUUUUAGGGAAGGGGUUGCACUUUUUUUUGUUUGAAAUGUGUGAAAUCUUCUUACACUUUAUUCAUUGUAGAAGCUUUGAGGACAUGAAAAGAAGCCCAUUUUCACAUUUCCACUUGUGAACAGUGUAUUUGCUUUCAUCAAUUAUGAAUUUUGACAGUAAAAUUCAUUAUUCCGCCAAUGUACUUGUGCAGGGAAAAGCUUUUUUCUUUUUUUUUUUUCAACCUAAAAAAAAGUUCCGUCUUGCACAAAUUUGGAGUGAAUUGGACUUCUGUAAUUUAUUUUGGUGUAAAAUGCUUGGCAGUGAUUGUCAGGGAUAAAGAACCUUUUUUGUGUCAACAUAAUGUCUUAAAAAACAUAUCUCAGCAUUUGACACUAAAUAAUUUAUUAGAUGAAGUAUGGAAUAUCAAGAAAUAAUAAAAAAAAGGUUGGAAUGAAAGUGUGUGCGAGAAUACAACAUUGUUGUAUUCAUUUCAAUCUUUUGUAGGUGCCCAUUGUCAGACGCUGAUGUAAAUUCAACUCUUGUUUGAUAUCAAAUAAAUGUGACAAUUUUUUUU